AUGACGAUGGAUCAGCAGACAGGCCUCAUGUCUCUUAACAUGUCCCCGUUCGACCUAAGUCCGGGACCUGAGGGGUCGGGCUCCGGCAGCGGACCCUCGGGAGCCUCACAACAAUACGUGCCUCAGGGUGCAGCUUACCAAUGCACGUCAGACCAACAGCCAUUUGGCUACGCAAAUCUGGAUGCUUCUUAUUUAUUUCCAACAGGUACAGGGAGCGAACCUGGAACAUACCUGCCGACAGCCGGCAACGUUUGCGACCAAACUGACACGAAGGACGUAAUAGAGGAACUGUGUCCUGUCUGUGGGGACAAAGUGAGCGGUUAUCAUUAUGGUCUGCUCACCUGCGAAUCCUGUAAGGGUUUCUUCAAAAGAACAGUACAGAAUAAGAAGGUGUACACUUGUGUGGCAGAAAGGGCAUGUCACAUUGACAAAACACAGAGGAAACGUUGCCCUUUUUGCCGCUUCCAAAAGUGUCUCGAUGUCGGCAUGAAACUUGAAGCCGUACGAGCUGAUCGCAUGCGAGGUGGUCGCAAUAAGUUUGGCCCUAUGUACAAACGCGACCGCGCUCGCAAAUUGCAAAUGAUGAGGCAGAGACAAAUAGCAGUACAGACCUUACGUGGUUCUCUCGGAGAAGGCGGACUCGUACUCGGAUUCAGUUCGCCUUAUGCUACCGUGCCUGUAAAGCAAGAAAUCCAAAUACCGCAAGUUUCGUCGUUGACUUCGUCGCCGGAGUCCUCGCCAGGGCCCGCGCUGCUGGCAGCGCAAACCCAGGCACCACAACCCCCGCCUCCCACGGCUCAUGACAAGUGGGAAACCCAUUCGCCGCAUUCGGCGUCACCGGACGCGUUUGCUUUUGAAACGCCUGCAACGAACACACCUUCCAGCACCGCUGAAGCUACAAGCACAGAAACCCUUCGAGUCUCACCCAUGAUUCGGGAAUUUGUUCAAACUAUUGACGAUCGAGAGUGGCAAAACUCCCUAUUCGGACUCUUGCAGAGCCAAACUUACAACCAAUGUGAAGUCGAUCUCUUCGAGUUAAUGUGCAAAGUGCUGGACCAAAACUUGUUCUCUCAAGUAGAUUGGGCGCGAAACACCGUGUUCUUUAAGUAUCUAAAGGUGGAUGACCAGAUGAAACUGCUUCAGCACUCGUGGUCGGACAUGCUGGUCCUCGAUCAUCUCCACCAGAGGAUGCACAACGGGCUCCCCGAUGAGACGACCCUACACAACGGACAGAAGUUCGACCUCCUCUGCCUCGGCCUCCUUGGAGUCCCCUCUCUGGCGGAGCACUUCAACGAGCUACAGAACAAACUAGCUGAGCUGAAGUUUGACGUUCCAGACUACAUCUGCGUCAAAUUCUUGCUUUUACUAAAUCCCGAAGUGAGAGGCAUCGUUAAUGUAAAGUGCGUACGAGACGGAUACCAGACAGUGCAAGCUGCUCUUCUCGACUAUACGCUAACAUGCUACCCAACGAUACAGGAUAAGUUCGGCAAGUUGGUGAUGGUGGUCCCCGAGAUCCACGCGUUGGCUGCCCGUGGUGAGGAACAUCUCUACCAGCGACACUGCGCCGGCCAGGCUCCCACCCAAACACUUCUCAUGGAAAUGCUACACGCCAAGCGCAAGCCGAAUGGAGCCGAAAUGGUUAACCGGAGUGCGGAUCACACCUCGACUCUAGACAGAUUAUCCUGAAUUGCCAGUGGAGAAUAAUUGGAGGAACGCAAAAGCGCUAAGCGCAAUAUCCCCUACACUACAUGGUUUAUUAUAAAAAUAUUACUUAUUAUUUUAGUUUUAGAUUGUAACUUGGUGUGUGAUUAAAAGUAAUAAGUUAUUUAGCGCCGAGCGCCUGCCGUCGGCACUGCGCGCCUAGUCCCGAUACAGAUAAGACCUUUGUUUAUCUACAUUUACAUAAUCUCUGUAACAUAAACAUACAAAAGCAUAUUUAACAAAUCUCGUAGCUACCACUAAUUUAUUGAGCAGUGUUUAACGGUAUGUCGACGUUUCGUGUAUGUACCUUACUUUGUUAGAUAAACUGGCUUGUCUUAAUUCUUGAUGCGUGGAGCGAUGGAAAAGAUUAUACAUAUUUUAGGAAAGCGUCUGUGAUUAUAAACGAAAAAAUUUGAUUAACCGUUUAAUGUUAGUUGAAAUGAUCAUAAUUAUGUAUAAAUAAUAGUUUUAUUGCUGAAGUUGGAACGCGGUGAGUAUCGCGGUCCCGAGGCGUGCGGUUGUCGCCGCUGUUUCACUUUACUUAUAAAAACAAUUUAAUUUGUAAGCAGUUGAUGAUGGAAUGUAUGAGAUAUGUUUAUUGUUUUGUAUACCAGCCGGCAUGUGUAAUUUGUUGACUUGUGUGCAUUGAUGUAGCCUAUUGUUGUCUAGGAGUUCCGGUACGCUGAAAAUAUAUUUUUUUUAUAUACAUAAUACACUUUAUUUUAUUACAAAUUAUAUGAUAUAUUUAAAAUAAAUAUUUAUAUACAAUCUGAAAAAUGAAAUCGGUUUCUUUAAUGUUGAUGUACCAGAAUUUCUAGAAUUUUGAUAAUAAUUAGUAUUCGGCUCAAUCAAUGAACACGUCUAAUGUUUCGAAUCGGUAAAAGUUGGAAUGAAAUUAUUUAAGAUUAUAUUGAAGUUGAUAUUGUAACAUUAAAAUUUCUCUAUAUUAUAUCACUAUGAAGUAAGACAAAUCAUGAAAAAUUCAAGUUAAAAUUUACAGUUGUUUCAUUCAAAUGUUUAUCUAAAUGUUAUGAAGAAUUAUUAUCUGUAUUGAUUUUAUCGGCCGUACCAGUACAAAUAAAUAUAAAUAAAAUCUCUGUAAAUAUAAUAAAUAGAAAGUAACAGUGAUUAAUGCUACUUAUAUUGUAAUUAUGUAAAAUAUUUCUCAAUACGUUCAAGAAGCCUUAAAAAUCAUAGAUUUUUAAAAAAAAAUAUGGGUACUAGCGUCAUUCGGUCUUUGGCCGGAUUGGACGGUGUAUUUUUAUAAAUCAUAUUACUCUUUAUUAACAUAUAUAAUAUGUUAACUGAAAGUACAUUAUUUCGUAUUUUUCUAAAAUAAAUAUAGUAGUGUACGUAUUUAAUUAUAUUGAUCAACUUUUAAUGUGAACAGUUAUACAUACUGUAUUAAAAUAAUAUAUUAAUAUAGUGUUAUCAUUGUGUGAUACCUGCGUAUAUAUGCGUUACAAAUUUGA